UGCUAUUUGAAGAUCUGGCUGUGUAUUUUUCUCAAGAGGAGUGUGUGAGUCUGAACCCUGUCCAGAGGUCCCUCAGCAGAGAUGCCACACAGGAGUGUUUUGAGGAUGGGGCCUUGAUGGGUUCACCUAGAACUGGAUCUUUUGGGAAACCAGGAGAGUCUGCUGUCUUCCUGAUUUUGUAUAUUUAUCAGUGUCUGUAUUGUAGGAUAACCAAUCUACAGUUUUCUUGUCUACUUGUAACUACUUAGCUUGUUUUUCCCAUACUGCUGGAAGGUGUUGUCUAUGUUUUGCUUUGUUUUGUUUUUAUCAACAGGAGAGGAAAACAAGACUGAGGUGAAUCACCAGUUAAGCCUAGAGUCUGUGAAACUUGAAGAGCUUACCCUAGAAAAUUACCCCAUUACUGCACCCCUUGUCCAGUACUCAGAAUACCCCUCUGAGGAUGCAGUUGGAAACGCUGAAGAGAAAAUAUCAGGUGCAGCUCCCCCUUACAAGAAAAAGUUCAUAAGCCUUUUAAUUACCAUUGAAAACCAUACCCCAUUAGUAGAAUUAUCUCAAUGUUUAGGAACCAGAACACUUUCUGAGAUUCUAGAAUUUCCCUGGGAAGAAGCCAACAAUGUGUACAAGUGUCCUGAAUGUGACCAAAGCUUCAGUGAUAAUUCAUACCUUCUUUUGCAUCAGAAAAUUCAUUCAGGAGACAAGAAAUAUAAAUGUGGUAAUUGUGGAAAGAUUUUCAAUCAUAGAGCCAACCUGAGGACACAUAGUAGAAUCCAUAAUGGUGAGAAGCCUUAUAAGUGUGCCAAGUGCAGCGCCAGCUUCCGCCAGCACUCACAUCUGUCUCGGCACAUGAAUAGCCACAUAAAGGAGAAACCCUAUACAUGUAGCGUAUGUGCGAGAGGUUUUAUGUGGCUCCCCGGAUUGAAAGAGCAUCAGAAAAUGCACAAUGUUGAAAAACCCUAUGAAUGUACUAACCUUAGUAAAUAUUUCAGUCAGAAAAAAGAUCUUCCUUUGGAUGAAAAAACACAAACAUCAUCACCUCAGGACCAGUACAAUCAGCACAUGAAGAGCUGUGAGGAGUCCUCAUAUCCUGCUCUCCCUGAGAAGACUGAGGAGCCCUCAUGUCCUGCUCUCCCUGAGAAGGCUGAGGAGCCCUCAUGUCCUGCUCUCCCUGAGAAGGCUGAGGAGCCCUCAUGUCCUGCUCUCCCUGAGAAGGCUGAGGAGCCCUCAUGUCCUGCUGUCCCUGAGAAGGCUGAGGAGCCCUCAUGUCCUGCUGUCCCUGAGAAGGCUGAGGAGCCCUCAUGUCCUGCUGUCCCUGAGAAGGCUGAGGAGCCCUCAUGUCCUGCUGUCCCUGAGAAGGCUGAGGAGCCCUCAUGUCCUGCUGUCCCUGAGAAGGCUGAGGAGCCCUCAUGUCCUGCUCUCCCUGAGAAGGCUGAGGAGCCCUCAUGUCCUGCUCUCCCUGAGAAGGCUGAGGAGCCCUCAUAUCCUGCUGUCCCUGAGAAGGCUGAGGAGCCCUCAUAUCCUGCUCUCCCUGAGAAGGCCCACAAGGAGGACUGUGAAUGCCGCACUGAUGAUGAUGACAAUUUUUUUUCAUUCUCAAGAUUCAAACCGUUACAGUGUUCUGAGUGUGACAUGACCUUUCCAUCUUUCUUUGAGCUUAUUUCUCAUCAGGACAUUCAUGCAAAGGAAAAGCCCCAUAAAUGCAAAACAUGUGAAAAAAGUUUUACUUCAGAGUCAGAUCUUGUAUACCACCAGAAGAGCCACACAGCAGAGGAACCUUUUAAAUGUACUGUGUGUGGAAAAAGUUUCAGGGUAAUUAUGCAUCUCAUUACUCAUAAGCGCACCCAUAUGAAAAACACCAAGUAAAUAUAACAGGUGGCUUUUCAGUAUCUGUACAGUAAGAAAAUAGUUACUGUUUAUGUGCCAGGCACUGUGCUAAGCACUUUAUACAUAUUCCAUGUAUAUUUCAUUUUUACCACAACCUUGUUUUUUAGGCAGUAUUACUUCUAUUUUAUAACAGAGGAAGCAUAAUCAAUAUCACAUAGUGAAUUAAGCCAGGGUUCAAACUCAGUUGUUUUUUAAAUUACAUUCGUAUGAGCCAGACAAAGAUACAGAAUUUUUGUUUAAAUUCAGCUUUCAUUAAAAUGAAGGCUACUGCUAGAGUUCUUUUAAUUUUGUUUAUGUUGUUUCUAUGUUUUGGAAGAUUUUAUUUAUUUUUUGAUAGUUUUGCAGAUGCAUCUUGGAAAGUAAAUGGUUUUAUAUCCUUUUUAUACUUUUUUGGCUAUAACUGUUUGCAAUAUUUUUAUGAAAUUAUUUUACGUGUGAAUUUUUAGAGGUGUUUAGAAGUCUUUUUCCUCUUGUCCUGUAAAAAGUUCCCCAGUGGAUGUACUAGUUGGUAUCUUGAUGGCUGUUAGUGUUCAUGGAGUUCUCAUUCUCAGAUCGGAUGCCAGGGACAGUACUGGCAUUUAUGACCCAGUUUGCAAGGAGUUUUGGCAACCUGACUAUAACCCUUUUCUGGAGGUUGGACUUGACUUGGAGAGGAGGGGAAGUACUUGCUCCUCUCUAAGGUUAUUGCCUCCUCUCUGUGGAGGCAAUAUGACUUGCCUCCAUAUUUCUAUGAAGCACAUUAUCUGUCUUAUUAUGAGUAAUUGUUUCUUAUAGCUGUUCUUAGUGAGCAUGCUAGAUACUUUAGGUAUACGACCUAAUUUAAUCUUCAGAAUAAAUCUGUGACAGACGAAAGACUGUCCUUGUUUGUAAAUAAAUAAACUGAAGCCCUCACAGGGUAGUCAGUACUUGGCCCAGCAUACAAAAAAUACCACAUUAUGUGAAGCUGGCAUUUAAACUUGGGUCUCUCUAACUCCCAAGGCCAUGCAUCCUGCAACACUGCAUUAUUUGUUGGCAUUUACAUCAUGUAUACGUAUUAGCACCUUGGGCAGCCAGGGAGGCUGAGAUCGGUAGGUGAGGAUGGUCAUCUUGAAGGCUGCCCUGUGUAAAUUGCAUCCUGGAACCGCUUCACUCUCCUUGAGCUUUACCCAAAGUCUGCCUUACAUGUACAGUUACACAGCAAAAGACUAAUCCUCAGGACUUCAAGUUUGAACUCCGAUUCCUGUAAUCAGGUGAGAUUUCAAACUUUUCAGGGCAUAGUCCUGAAUAUUUUAGUUGGUUUUUUUUUUUUUUUUUUUUUAGUUGGGUUUUUUUUUUUAAACACUCAUAACAUUUCCUCUCCAUCUCCAAAGAAAAAUACAUAUAGAACAUUGUUAGAUUUUAACCAAAAUAUUUGGUAAUAUGUAUGUCUUUAGAUACUGUUGUUAUACAUAAAUAUUGGAGCAAAAUAUCGUUAAAUAGUAUGGUUAUUAAUGUUAAAGAAUUAGAGAAUGUUGUAAAUAUACACUCAUAUAGAAUUUCUCUUUAACAUGAAAUUGAUUGCAUACCUGUCAGCAAAACAAUACUUAUAUGGGCUUUUGAGCGUAAUGUAUUAUUCUGUUUAAUAGUAUGAAAGUAUAAUAUUUGCUAAAAUGGAAUUAUUCUUAGGAAGUCUCGUGAGCAAAAAGAAAGGCUUUUUGGGAUGGAAGGUAGUAACUGGAAGAUGGUCACCCUACAGAAUAGCAGAUUCAGAACUUAAUAUAUAAAAACAUGCUGGCUACUGGAGCUAAGCUCUUAACACUGAUUAGAGACAAGGAGACAAUAUUUAGGUGACAGAAAAACUGAAACCAGCAACCCUAACCCAGGCUGCCUAAUUCCCCCCCUUUUUGUCAUUCUCGUUUGCAGAGCCACCAUGGAGACCAUGUGCUUUGUAUGUCAAGGUCAGACUUGGCUCUUUGUUUCUGAUGUCUCCAUUCUUAGGAUACCAGUCUACCAGGGCUUUAAGUUCUUAAAGUUAAAAGAAUGAGGCCUUGCAGUCUUCAGUAGGUCUAUCUGUAUGGGGUACUUUGAAUUGUGUACAAAGAUAGUCUCCAUUUUAGCCAACUCUGGAAUAUAAGGAUCUUUGUUAAAUCUAAGCAAGAACACUCCCUGCUCUCUUGUUUCUGCUCUCAGUAGGAGAAACCAACGUGAUGCCCAAUUAGCACAAGAGAGGCUCUGAAUGAAGAGUUGCAGGAUGAGGAAUAUAACUGAGAGCAUAACUCUACUAGCAGAAUUGCUGCAGAAGGAAUUGCUGCAGAAGGAAAAAAGGAAGUAGAGAAGAAUGUGUUAGGCAUUUGGACAGAAUGGAGCUAAUAAAAAAGAUGGACACUCUCAUCCCUUCCCUUUUUUUCUCUUAAGAAAGUAUACAUCCUAUUCUGCACCUCAGUAUGAAAAUUUUGCCUUCCCAGUUGAGGCUUCCUUCCCAAUUAACCUCUUAUUUUUUGCAAUUUUACUUAUUCUCCAUAUUUAGGAAGAUUAUGAAAAACCUCCAUAGAAGAUUAGAAAAAUAAUACUUUUACAGAAAUAUUAACAUACGCAUGGUGUAUUUAAAGUGGCUUUUUGGUGUAAUAUUGAUGAUUGGUAUGCAGAAAAAAAUGAAAAAAAAAAAAAACCCACCUGAGCGUCAGUUACUGUGAAAUAGGUGUAUUUUCAAUUGUUGCCUUAUUGUGCACUUGUACAUAAAAACAUUCGCUGGAUGUAAUUCAAGCUGCUAUAUCCCCAGGGAAUUGAGGGAAAAGGUGUGUCUACUCAUGAGUUUUAGGCUGUUUUUAUAAUGAUGGCUUUUUCAUCCUACUGUUUAGUGUCAACUGAUGGAGAUUUCAUAAAAUUGUCAUUGACUCAGAGCCUACUGUGUUAGGUGCUGUUAACAGAUACUGGAUAAAAGUUAAUAUAGAAAUGAAAAACCUAAAUGCAAGAAUUUAUUGCUAGGUUUGGAUAGCUACAUUGUACAGCAUAAAUGUUGACAGACCUUGUAGAGUAAAAACUUGGUGUGGAAGAAACUGACUAAAACUAAUUUCUUUUUUAUUGUUAAUACAGUGAUGAAAAUUCUUUAACGUGAUUGUUGGAAUAUCAGGUUCUGAUUUCAUUGAUGAAAACAGCAUUUUCUCGAUAUAAUUUAGAUGUCUGCAGUUUACAUUUUGUAAUUUAAGAAGAGGUGGAGUUUAUUUCUUGAAUGAGUCGGACUCAAAAAUAGUUUUGUUUAGAGCUACAGGUAAUAGUCUAUCCACAGCUCCUCAUUUAACAUAGAAAAUAACCAACCCAAUAAUUCAAGGAAUUAAAACACAAAUGACGUUUCACAGAUGUCAUCUUGAGUCUUUGCCUGGAGAGAUUCCAUAUAAUUAAGUGGCAUUGUUCUGGUGACUGCAGCAUAAGAUGCCAUACAAUAUAAACUGCAGCUGCUGUUCAAAGUAAUCUGCACCUUACUGCAUAUGUGUACAAAGCGGGUAAGUUAUAUGAGUGAAGAGUCUAUUUUGAAUGUUCAUUAAACUUGUUAUCCCUGUGGGACUUUAGCAGGAAAGUGUUUUUCUUUGGCCAUCUGUUUAAAAAGUAACAAAAUGAUCUUCAUUAUAAGUGUAUCUGUUCCUGUGUUUUAGUUUUGUAGAUUUAGGAGAACUGUUAAUCUGAUAUAAAGAUGAUUACUACUCAUCUUUCUAAGGCGCAUCAGACUACAGGUGUUUUGUCUCUUGUUUUUAAAUUGACAUUCCUUCUUGCAUUAAGUCGGGGGGGAGGGAGAUUUAAUAUAAAUAUUCAUCUGUAUAAACCUAAGAAUGUGCUGUAAUCUCUAGUUCUUUUGGAUACCUCAGAAGUAUAUUUGUUGUAUGCACUUCUACUGUUUGUCACUGUUUUUGGUGCAUUUUCAUCUGUCUUAGCUCUAGAUUGUAAGCUCUCAACAGGCAGUGAUUAUGUUUAUCUGCUGUGCAAUUUGUCAUCUAAUAAAUGCUAUUUUGUGACGAUAGCAAGGAGGUGAACUUCUUUCUUUUUUACACGUCAAUGGUUUUAGAUGGUAAUAAGGUGAAUUUUAAAGACCGGCGUGAUUGUGAUUUGGAGAGGGUGAAUGAAUG